CAGACACUGACUUUACCUGGAUACGGUUGCUACGAUCUCAGUGUUAUGGGUGGUCAUACGGCCAUAGUAUCAUCGACUUUCGCCGUUCUGUGAAGAUUAUCGAAGUCUACGAUAGACAGUACGUACUUCGUAUAAGCGUAAUCGUAUGUAGCAACUCUGGUAACACGAUGUACUGGUGAAAUGUACACACGGCGUUGUUGUUAACACCCGAAAUUUGAACACACCCAGAGGGAAAGUGAUCGAACCGUGAUCUGCAACUGUAUAGUAGAUCGGAGCAUAUUUCACUUAGCGGGAAAGAAACUUCUCAUAAAAAAUACAAAGCGAUGAUGGAAAUGGGGCAUAGCAGAAUAUUGAUAUCCAUAGUUACAGCUCUUCUUUUUCACAGUGUAUUUGGACAACAAGCAAUAUCAAUACCUCCCAUUGAUACAGAAAUAGCCAUAGGGGGCACGACGACGUUGUAUUGUUCAAUUAGCAAUAAAUUGGGAACCAUGAUAUGGAAGAAGGGAACCACAGAGUUUAACACCGACUAUACGAUGAAUAUUGGCGGCUCGAGGCGGUUCUCCGUGACAACUAACAUCGUAGGAACGGAAUACAAUCUUGAAGUCAGCGAUGCUAAAGCGAGCGAUUCUGGUACAUAUCAGUGCACUGUGUCAGCUUCUGGUUCUGACCCCGAAGUCUCGGCAUCCGCAGAACUGAGCGUGGUAACUGCUCAGGCAAUAACAGUAACCCCUACUGACAAGAAAUUUCAAAAAGUGAGUUCCACUGCCACUCUUCAAUGCACCAUUGCAAAUAAAGUCGGAGUUGUACAAUGGUAUAGAAGCGAUGGAACGAAGCAAAUAAGUUAUGAACGAACGGUACUAGCGGCGUAUGAAGACAGAUUCACAAUAACCGGUAACCCAGAAAACGAUGAAUACGCAUUACACAUUGAAAAUAUCAAAUACGACGACGCUGACGACUACCAAUGCCGUCUAGUCGGAGACAAUGUUCAACCAACUAUUUGGACGUCGAAGGCGACCUUGUCAGUGAUAGAUGCUAUCCCUCCAGUCGAGGGUGGACCGACGUGCGUGUUGCCCCAAGGCAAACUAAAAGAAGGCGACAACAUUACGUUGAUUUGCCGUUCACAAGAGGGCGAUCCAGCCCCCACCUUACAAUGGAGCAGGGGAGGAGUCGAUCUGCCCAGCAAAGUGAUAGAAUCAUCGCACGGUGGUACAACAAGAGUUGGUCUUCAAAUGGUGCUUCUUCCAAUUCAUAAAGGAGAGACUUUCACGUGCACAUUGAAUCACGUGACUGUAAGCGGAGGGAAAACGUGCAGUGUUGGGCCCAUGGAUAUCGAAUUGGUACCGAGAGUGAGCGUCAACAUCUACCCAGAUAUAUUAGAAGUAGAGGAGGGUGGUGAGGGAGCGUUGACGUGUAAUGGUACAGCAAUCGAUGACAACCCGGAAGUGACAUCAUACGAUUGGUACUACGAACAUAGCCGAAUCAACGACACGGAUAAAAGAUUUGAGAAAGAGAGCACGAGCCGCGGAUCUACUUUGCAUAUUGUGAACGUUGAGAAGAGUAUGGACAACGCCAUCAUUGCUUGCUAUGCACGAAGUUCUGUUGAUUCAAGGUCAAUGUCUUCCAGUAUUAAAAUUGUUGAAUUAACCAUUUUUGGCGUAAGUUACACAUUCCUCGCUGUUAUAGUGGCGCUGGUGGCGCUGGUUAUUGUUGUACUUAUUGUUAUUGGUGUCAUUAUUUAUUGCGUGUGGAGAAGACGAGAAGAAAGAGAAGACGAGGAAUUGCGAAUAACUCUCCGGGAAACAGAGAAAGCGAAGGAAGCUGCAAGAAACGGCUAUAACAAAGAGGAUAAGGUGAAACCUUACGGACAAGACGACGAAUAUGAUUAUUACAUCAUACAUAGUGAUGGACGUAGAGGGCGUCAUAAUCGUAGACGUAGGAAACGUCAAGUGGAGCCAGUUGUGGGACCUUAUCCGGAUGGGGACGCUGUUAUGUUAGAUAGAUCGUUGCCACCAACGCCAUUAGACAUUCCACCCCCUUACAGCGUGUCAGAUAAGUUACGGGAAGAUAAUAUAUAUGAUGAUUUAGAUCGGGACCGGACCGAGCGAAGUAGGCGUCGACGUCGCCGGCGUGAUGAUGACGGUGGUGAACGUCGGUCUAGACGCCGAGAGGAUCGGGAAAACGAGAGGAGGUCCCGAUCUGAGGCGAGAUAUCCCGACAACGACGGGAAUCAGGAUGUGUACACAAGGACCGAGAGACGGACACGCAGACGCACAAGAGAUAGCGACAGACAACGAAGUCGUUCCGAGCCCGGCCACCGAUCUGAAAGUCGUCGAUCAAGGUCUAGUGGAUAUGGACCGUAGUCGUGGCAACAGCUAACCCUGGUGGUAACGAACCCAGUUGAGACAGAAUUGAGAGAAAAAAAAACUAUUCUAAUUGUAAAUUAACAAAAUAGCAAUAAUAAAAAAAAA